AUGAAGAGUCAGAAUUUAAACCUGCCAUUAUCCACCAGCCGCAGAUCCAGCUCUGUGAACGACACCUGGGAGCCUGAUGGGGUCAGCUUCUUCAUCAUUCAGGGUCUCGCCAGCCUGGGUGAGGAAAAAUUGAUCCUCUUUGUCUUCCUGUUGCUGGGUUACAUCAUCAUCCUGGGAGGAAACAGCAUGAUCAUCUUGGUGACCUUGACUGAUCCAAAGCUCACCUCUCCCAUGUACUUCUUCCUCUGCAACCUCUCGUUUGUGGACAUGGUCUACACCACCACCACCAUCCCCAACAUGCUGUCCGGCUUCCUAAAAGACGUGACAACCAUCUCUGUGGCAGGCUGCUUCCUCCAGAUGUUUUUUUUUAUUCAGCUGGCUGUUACUGGCCGUGCCAUCCUGACCGUCAUGGCAUACGAUCGCUACCUGGCCAUCUGCAACCCUCUGCGCUACACCGCUGUCAUGACCCGACCCGUUCAGGUGCGCCUCCUCGCGGGAGCCUGGGGAUUCAGCACCAUCUGCACGCUGCCGGCCACUGUCAUGGCCUUGCAGCGGCCCUACUGUGGCCCAAAUGUGGUGCGGCAUGGUUGGUGCGACGUGUCGUCUGUAAGGCAGCUGGUGUGCGCUGACACCUCAGUGGAUAACAUCGUGUCUCUUUGGUUUGCCCUGGUGGCGCUGCUGACCACAGGAGUCCUCAUCCUCACCUCCUACGUCCUCAUCAGUGUUUCCAUAUCGAGGAUGGGUGUGGGUCAGCGGCUGAAGGCCUUCAGCACAUGUGCUGCUCAUCUGACUGUGGUGUCCAUCUCUUACAGCUCGGCUUCCUUUGUGUACAUUUCCUAUCGAGUGGCAAACUUUUCACCAGAGGUUCGUAUCAUUGUGUCUGUGCUGUACUCAGCUCUGACUCCUUUCCUGAACCCGAUGAUCUACAGUCUGAGGAACAAGGAGCUGCGAGAGGCCAUGAGAAGGACUCUGAACCGGUUCAGACCUGCUGCUGUUUCAGCUGCCAAGGACGUGAGCACCGUGUCCUGA